UGGGGAUUGUUAGAAUUAUUUAUUACUUAAAAAUUACAGCGAAAAAGAUAUAAUCGGCAGCGUUUAUUCUUUUUCGCUUAAACCUCUCGGCCAAACCCUAGUUCGCCGCCAGAAGUAGAAGCACGCAUUGUGGUCGUUCUUCUGCGCUCAUCCGCCGAUCAGUCCAGGGCUCUUUGAUUUGGGGGAAUUCGAUGGCGGAGGAGGCGGCGACGGCGGCGGCGCAGCCAUUGACGUACGUGCAAGAGGCUAUACUAAAGAAGAGGAAGAGCACCGAGGAAUUGGCCCUCCGGAGGAGAGCCCAGCUCCAGCUGAGCCAGAAGAGGUCGAAGCAAUCCAAGUCGAGCGACUUCAAAAUGCCCGAGCAGUUCAUCAGAGAUUAUAGAGACAAGGAACUUGAUCUCAUCCGAAUGAAACAUAGGGUUAAGAGACGAGUGCCGCCUGUAGCUCCAUUGAACUCGAAGCUGCUCUUCAUUAUCCGCAUUCAAGGGAAAAAUGACAUGCAUCCAAAAACUAAAAAGAUCUUAAACAAUCUGAGACUAAGAAGAGUCCUCAGCGGUAUCUUUGUGAAGGCAACUGAUGCAAUCCUGGCGAUGCUGCAAAAGGUGGAGCCGUAUGUCACAUAUGGGUAUCCUAACCUUGCCAAUGUGAGGGAGCUUAUUAUCAAGAAGGGGUUUGCAAACAUUGACAAGCAGAGAGUUCCUUUGACGGACAAUAACAUUGUUGAGCAGGAAUUGGGCAAGUAUGGCAUCUUAUGCACGGAGGAUAUAGUCCAUGAGAUCGCAAAUGUGGGUCCACAUUUUAAGGAGGUUACUAGCUUCCUGUGGCCUUUUAUGCUGAACAAGCCGGACGGAGGCCUAAGAAGAACUAAAAGAAUGUACAAGGAUGGGGGAGAGACUGGCAAUCGAGAGGAUCACAUCAAUGAACUAAUCAGCAAAUUGAACUAGCAUAGGCUGAUCUUGCUUGUGAAGACAGACUUGGACUAGUGAUACAGUUUUGUAAUUUGUGGCUCUUAUCUAAAUUUUGAAAUUAAUGCUAGUGGUAUUGCUUUCUUC